AUGGCUUUCUUGAUGAAGAAGAAGAAAUUCAAAUUCCAAACCACUUUCACCCUGGAGGAGCUGACUGCAGUCCCCUUCGUGAAUGGGGUUCUCUUCUGCAAGGUCCGGCUGCUGGAUGGCGGGGACUUUGUCAGCUUGUCGUCAAGGGAGGAGGUGCAGGAGAACUGCGUGCGGUGGCGGAAGAGGUUCACCUUCGUGUGCAAGAUGAGCGCCAACCCGGCCACUGGCCUGCUCGACCCCUGCAUCUUCCGUGUGUCUGUGCGCAAGGAGCUGAAAGGUGGGAAGGCUUAUUCUAAGCUGGGCUUCGCCGACUUGAACCUGGCAGAGUUUGCAGGCUCGGGCUCCACGGUGCGCUGCUGCCUGCUGGAGGGCUACGACACGAAGAACACUCGACAGGACAACUCCAUCCUCAAGGUCACCAUUGGAAUGUUCCUGCUCUCGGGAGACCCCUGCUUCAAGACGCCGCCAUCCACUGCCAAGUCCAUCUCCAUUCCAGGCCAGGACUCCUCCCUGCAGCUGACGUGCAAGGGUGGCGGAACCAGCCACGGGGGCAGCAGCAACUCCCUGACGGGGUCCCGGCCCCCCAAGGCCCGGCCCACCAUCCUCGGCUCAGGGGUGCCGGAGGAGCCAGACCAGAACCUGUCCAGCCCCGAGGAGGUGUUCCACUCCGGCCACUCCCGCAACUCCAGCUAUGCCAGCCAGCAGUCCAAGAUCUCGGGCUACAGCACAGAGCAAUCGCGCUCCUCGAGCCUCUCAGACCUGACACACCGCCGGAACACGUCCACCAGCAGCAGCACCUCGGGCGGCCUCAGCAUGGCCGUGGAGGGGCCUGAAGGCAGCGAGCGCGAGCACCGGCCCCCGGAGAAACCACCACGGCCGCCCCGGCCUCCGCAUCUGUCAGAUCGCUCGUUCCGGAGGAAGAAGGACUCGGUGGAGAGCCACCCGACCUGGGUGGAUGACACGCGCAUUGAUGCUGAUGACAUCGUAGAGAAGAUCAUGCAGAGCCAGGACUUCACUGAAGGGAGCAAUACCGAGGACAGCAACCUCCGGCUGUUCGUGAGCCGCGAUGGCACCACCACCCUAAGUGGUAUCCAGCUGGCCAACAGGGUCUCCUCUGGGGUCUACGAGCCAGUCGUGAUUGAAAGCCAUUGAGGAGCAGGUGCCCCGGCUGGAGAAGGGCCCUGCCUUCACGGGCGUCCAGACCCGCGUCAUUCCACAAGGGACCUUCCCCUUCGGAUCACCAUCCGUGCUGCCUCUCAUCUGUGCCUCCUCCAUGCACUCCAGCCCCAAAGCAUCAUUCCACUGACCUCCCAUCUAUGCUGGGACGCUCAUGGCCCGCAAGGGCCCCGGGCACCACUGUGAAUAUUCUCCUCUGAACCACUAGGGAGCAGGACACAUGGGCCCGUGAAACAGGUGGGCAGAGACCCAUGGUGGGCACUGCCCCUCUGAGACCCACCUGGGCCCUCGGCGAGGACAUUCAGUAGUUCCUGCACAUGCAGGGAGGCUGGUGGCCGAGGGGCCUCUUGUCCUAUGUCCCCGUUCACUCCAGGAGCGCUGGCUCAGCCCUGGCAGGGCCUCGCUCCAUUGCCCCCUUGUCCUUGGCGGGGCAGUUCACCCCCCGGAAUCCUGCCACCAUGGCCCUCUGACUGCUUAGUGCUUCAGCUGUCACUCCUCUGCGUCCCGGGGGACCUGCUGGCGGCCUCCUCCGGGAAACCAAGACCUCAAACCCCACCCGCGCUCUGGAUUGAGACCCCCCUCCCCCGCAGCGAAUGUUCUCCUGCUGCCCCGGCAGCCUGCACUUUGCACACGCUUGUCUCCAGCACAGCACGCUGGCCCUCGCCUGCCCGUCCACUGAGCCCUUCCCAAGGAUCCCUGGGCCCUGCCUGCCGUGCAGUCAGCAGCCCUGCCCUCGCAGCCCGGCUGGAACGUGGCACCGCCCCUGCCCCUCUGGUUGGCUCCAGCUCAGGCCUGAGCCCCCUGCUGAGAAAGGUCUGAGCCUGAGCUUCGGUUCCCCUCUGCCCGGGGCUGGGUCCUGGGCAGCUGGCGUCCGUUAAGGAAGCCAGGAAAGGUGCCUCCCAAGGCCCUGGAGGUCAGCAGCCCGGCUGGGCUGGGUUUGCCAAGCCAAGCGCCCU